CAUAACAUAAAACCAUUAAAGAAAACAUGUGUCCCUCCUUUAAUAAGAAGCACAUUGUGACAAACAGAGCAUUCUCUCUCUCUCACACUCUCCUCUGUCUCGCUACCUCUGUCUCUUUCUCGAGCACUCACUGUUUUAUUUACCAGAAAUUGUGUUGUAUCAUUACAUGCAUGCAUAAAAUGAUGGUGGUGGAGAAAGAAAGAAGCAUAGAAGAAAGGCUUUUGCAGCUCAAGAACCAAAACGACGAUUCAGAAUGUCGUAUUACUGCUUGUGUUAUCCUUAGUACUUUCAUCGCUGUGUGUGGUUCUUUCUCCUUUGGUGUCUCUCUUGGUUAUACUUCAGGUGCAGAGAUAGGAAUUAUGAAGGACUUGGAUCUUUCUAUCGCGCAAUUUUCAGCAUUUGCUUCAUUAUCCACUUUGGGAGCUGCAAUUGGAGCUUUGUUUAGCGGUAAAAUGGCGAUCAUCCUUGGCAGAAGAAAAGUACUUUAAUUACAUUUUCACUCUUUCAUAUUCUUAAGUAUGGUUUGAUAAUCAAAUUUUACCUUUUCUGACUAAAAUUUUUCGUAUAUAUGUUUUUGUAUAUUUUCGUAUCUGUUUGCUACUAAUGACAAUAUUGCUUUUCACGAAUUAAAGACAAUGUGGGUGUCCGAUCUCCUCUGUAUCAUUGGUUGGUUCUCCAUCGCUUUCGCUAAGGAUGUGAUGUGGUUGAACUUCGGAAGAAUCUCCUCAGGGAUAGGACUCGGCUUAAUUAGCUAUGUGGUACCUGUCUAUAUAGCAGAAAUUUCACCAAAACAUGUUCGUGGUACAUUUACCUUUACAAAUCAGCUCCUUCAAAACUCUGGACUCGCAAUGGUUUAUUUUUCUGGGAAUUUUCUCAACUGGAGGAUAUUGGCUUUAUUAGGUGCUUUACCAUGCUUCAUUCAAGUAAUCGGUUUAUUCUUCGUACCAGAGUCCCCAAGAUGGCUGGCAAAAGUUGGCUCCGAUAAAGAACUAGAAAAUUCACUUCUUCGUCUUAGGGGGGGAAAUGCUGAUAUUUCACGUGAAGCCUCAGACAUUGAAGUUAUGACCAAAAUGGUAGAAAAUGAUUCAAAGUCGAGUUUUUGUGAUUUGUUCCAGAGAAAAUAUAGAUACACUCUCGUGGUAGGAAUCGGGCUAAUGUUGAUACAACAAUUUUCAGGAAGUUCUGCAGUGCUCUCAUAUGCCAGUACCAUUUUACGGAAAGCAGGUUUUUCGGUGACCAUUGGAUCGACGCUACUAGGUCUCUUCAUGAUACCAAAAGCCAUGAUUGGUGUCAUUCUUGUCGAUAAAUGGGGCAGACGGCCUCUCUUGUUGACUUCUGUAUCUGGGAUGUGCAUAACUUCCAUGCUUAUUGGAGUCGCCUUCACAUUACAGAAAAUGCAAUUGCUACCGGAGCUAACACCAGUAUUCACGUUUAUAUGCGUUACGCUGUAUAUUGGAACUUAUGCUAUAGGCUUGGGAGGCCUUCCUUGGGUAAUUAUGUCUGAGAUAUUUCCAAUGAAUAUAAAAGUAACUGCAGGAAGUAUAGUAACGUUAGUAUCAUGGUCAAGUAGUUCGAUCGUCACUUAUGCUUUCAACUUUCUGCUCGAGUGGAGCACUCAAGGAACAUUUUACGUAUUUGGAGCAGUCGGAGGACUAGCAUUGCUUUUUAUUUGGUUGCUCGUUCCGGAAACGAAAGGAUUAUCACUUGAAGAAAUACAAGCUUCGCUUAUUCGUGAGCCCGAUAGAAUAAAUCAAAGUUAGAUUGAAACGUUUAAGUUUUAUUUUAAUAGAUAAAUAAUUAAAAUCAAUUUAUGAUACUGUGCUAAGAAAGUAAUUUUUUUUUUCAUUAUGUAAUCACUAUUUAAUUUUUCUAAUACUUAGAAUUUUUUAUGUAUAUUUCCGCGAUGUAAAACAAGGCCUAUGUUCAUUUGUAUUUUAUCCCUAUGAUUGCAAAUGUAAAAUGUUUUUGUCCUCAUCGUUCACUAAUAAAAAGGUUAAG